AUGGGUUCUUAAGAGAGUAAAUAAGAAGGACAAAUACAAGACUCACGUUAUGGGAAAGCUACUUUGAUUAGAAAAUACAAUUAGAUUUGUGCAAUGAGAAAAGUAAUUAUUUAGGAUGAAAGUCAACAUGAUGGAUUUAUUAAGAGAGCAAAGGUUGAUCAUCCAAAUUUGGUGAAAAUAUUGGAUAGUGGAAUAUAGAAAGAAUAAGAAUUGUGUACUUCAUAUAACAUAAUGUAUGUUAUAAGUGAAUAUUACUCUACUUCAAUGCAUAAAGAGAUUGUGAACAGAAAAGGUAGAGGUGCAUUCUGGACUGAGUAAGAACUAUGGAAUUAAUUAUUGGGCCUUGUUAAUGUAAUGUAUAAUACAAUAAUUAGUUAUUGAUGACAAUGCAAGAAGCACAUUUAGUACAUUAGAAUAUCAGACCAUUGACUAUUAGUUAUGUAAAUGAAAACACUUUAAAACUAUGUGACAAUUACUUUCAAUAGAGUGCAUUUCAAAUGGCUUAAUAGAAUCCAGAGAAUUAGAAAUUAUUUGAAUUAUCACCUAAGUUAUUGGAAGCAAUCAAUUAGAAUAAUCAAUUCCCUAGACAUAAUCUAUAUAAGAGUGAUGUAUGGAGUGUAGGAAUGUGUAUGUUAUAAGCAAGUUUAUUGGAUCAUUGUAGAGAUUGUUUUGAGUAUGAUCAUUAUAAAUAUUAUUAGUUUUGAAGGAGGACAUGUUGAUGUGUCAAGGAAACUAGCUCUAUUGAAGAAGAAUUAUUCAAUUAAAUAUGAAUAGGUUAUAGUGUCAAUGUUAUAGAUGGAUGAAGAAUCCAGACCAGAUUUUAAUUAAUUAAUGAAUCUCAUGAAAGGCAAUCCAGAUGCAGGAAUAUCAAAAUCCUUAGAGAAUUCAUUAAUUAAUAGUUCUGCUAUUUGUUUGGAUUCCAAAUCACCAAUGAAUUUAAAGGAAGACAUUAUACCAGAAUCAUUAAAUUAAUUGAAAGAAUAAAUUGAAAGCAAACCUAGCAAAAUUAUGGUUGAAUUAGAAUAAUUAAGAAUUAAAUCAAAAAUGAUGAUUAAGAAACCAAAGAAGAAAGAAUUAGGAUUUUAUUAGUAUUAAGAAUAAAUGGUUAUAAGAGAUCCUAGUAAAUCAGCUAUUUAAUAAUAGAAAAUUAAUAGUUAUGCUUCUGUUGAUUAUUCAUUCAAUAAACCUAUGGUUAAUUCUUAACUAUAAUUUACAAAUUCUUCAUAAAAGAAAUAAUUUACUGAUAAAGAAAAGAUAGAAUAGUUAAUUGGAAAUGGAUUAUAAUCAUAUUCAAUAGAUCCUUUUGUAAUGCCAAAUACAUCUAUUAAACCUCAAAUAUCUUAAGUGGAAUCCUAAAAACCCAUUUAUUCAGAAACCACUAAAACUACUUAAUAAUCAAAUCCUCGUGUAAUCACUAUAGAUACUCAUCCAUCAUGUAAGAGUAUUCCAUUGAGUUAUACUGAAAUACCAAUUAGUUAUGUUGUUAAAAAGGACAUAAAUUAUAGAUAAGAAAUGGAAUAGAUGAUUGAGAUGAAUAAAUCAAGAUGUUUCAAAACUGAAUAAUAUUAAGAUGGAUCAUCAUAUGUUGGUGAAACAUAUAAUUAAUUAAGAGAUGGAUUUGGUAGAUAUCAAUUUGCAGAAGGUGGUUAUUAUGAAGGAUAAUGGAAAUAAAAUAAAAUGCAUGGUUAUGGAACUCUAUUUUAUGGAGUUGGUUAAAAAGCAUAUGAAGGACAAUUUGAAAAUGAUUAAUUCUCUGGAUUUGGAACAUUGUACAAUAAAGAACCUACUAAAUUGAAUUCUUCUUUUGAUUGUUCAAAUUUUGAUUUAAUUGGAAAGUAAGACUUAAUGAUAACUAAUUAGUUAUUGGGUUAAGUAUGUUGGCAAUUUUAAGAAUGAUCUUAAGGAUGGUCAAGGAGCAUUAUAUUUAUCAAAUAAUGAAUGUUACAAGGGAGAAUUCUAUCAAGAUUAUGUUGAUGGUCAUGGUACUUUUGGUUCACUUAUUGGAGUUUGGUGUAAAAAUAAAUUGAUUAAAUGA